GUGCGGGUGUACCUGUCUGUGUCAAAGAUAUUUAUUGUGUGUAUUUUUUGUGGAUCUAUUACUUGAUUAAGUUUAGUGUAUACAGGUGUUUACUUCAGGUGACAGAAAGGUGCAUCUGCCUCGGAUUUUCAAUUUUUCUUAACGAUCGGUUCUACUAGUGAAGUAUUCAAUAAUCGAAAGACCUUGGACAUCUCUCAGUUCUCGUUAUUCAUCGAGCUUCGGCUCCAAUCUGGCCGAUAACGAAGGAUGGUAAGCUCCCGUUCGCCUGGUGUAAAUGUUUCACCAACUAAUAGCGUGGGUACAUCACGUGUCGUCGUGUCUGACAGUGACGUAGCUCGUGAUGGUGACGCCAUCUUACCGAGCACCCGCCAAUCAUAUCGUGUGGAGAACGAGGGUGGUCAUGUAAACGGAGCUCCUGGUGCUGUCGAAUGGAGCCAAAGUGGUCCGCUUUCUAUGUCGGUAGACUUGCAUAAUCUGGUCAAUCCGAAUCUUCAAGACUCUGGGCAUUAUUCCGCUAGUCCCGAACACGUUGAUGCCAUCGCAUCAUCUUGUAACAUUAAAUCUAAUAAAUCGAAUAAUCACGAAGAAGAGGAAAGCUACGAAGCAUUUGGAUCUGUCGAAGGUGACGCUGAUGACGGGGUGGAAUCGCCGGGUGGUAGCAGUUCUGCACCUUCACCCACAAGUACUAGUUCUUUCAAAAACCCAAGAAGCCCCAAUUCAACUAUAAGAAGACAUUCUUAUCUACGGACAUCACUUAGGCGAACACCGCCUUGUUCCGGAAGGAAGAGACUUAGUUCCAAUGCAUUAGCAAGUCAACUUUAUCGAAGUGGGAGCUUCAAUAGUUCUGGUAUAAGCUCCAACUGUGAUCCCGCGGACGAUAUGUACAGCGAUGUCUCUCUCGAGGAUGAUGUCAUUGAUCUCAAUCAUAAAGUUCAAAUGAUUCAAGAACAAAUGCAUGCUUUUCAAUCGGUCGGAGAAGAACGAUAUGUUAGAGCAAAACAAGAAAAUGCUACGUUACAGGCAAGAAUAUUAAUGUUAGAAGAAGCUGCCAAAGAUGCUGAAACUAGAGCCGAAGAAAGACUUCAAGCGGAACAACGAAGACAUAGAGAUUGGGCAAGUCGUUUAGAACGCGAACGUCAAUUACAACUAGAAAAUUAUGCUAUCAAAUUGCAAGCAAUAGAAUUAGAAGAAACUAGUUUAAGAGACGAAAUAGCAAGGUUACGCGAGCAACUCGAAAAAGUUAAAAUAGAGAAAAAUCGAUUAGAAAACGAUCUCGAAGAAGCUAGAAGAGAAAUAGAUAGCGUUCGUGAAAAUGAACGACAAGCAAUAAGUCGAGCUAACGAAGCUCAUUAUCAACUUAAAGCUGUUAAAGAAGAACUGACUAUGAAAAUUGAGGAUCAACAAAAAAUAGAAGAAUUAAUACAACAAGUAGCACAACUUCAAGCUUGUAAUAAAAGUUUAGAAGAAUCACGAGAUGAAUUACAAGCUGCAGCGGCUCUGCAGGCAGGCCGUGAACUUUUAAUGUUAAAUCCUUGUAAUAAUUCUGUUGAAAAAGGACCUAGUCUUGCUGUAGAAUUACUGGCUGGCAUGAAUCAAGAUCAGAUAGACAGUCAACUUUCUGGAGAUAAUGGUGAACCUUGUAAUAUAUCUGAAAUAAAACAAGCUUUAAAGGAGCAACAAGAAGUCAAUACACAAUUAAGAGCAUACAUUGAUGGAAUUUUAUUAAACAUAGUUGAAAAUUACCCCCAGUUGUUAGAAGUGAAACAAACUCAUUGAACUAUUAUAUAAAUAGUUAUUAAAUUUAAUGUUAAUUGUUCCAGGCAGUUGUACAUUACUUUGUUGAAAUUCUUAAUUAUUUAUAAAUUUAUAUAAACAAUUUUCGUAGCUUUACACAAGUACCAUAUUAUAGGAAAGCAAUUUCCGUCCAUGUGAACUUAAAAUUUUACUGUAUUAUGAUAGAUAAUAUAUAGUAAAAAUUUUCACUGCCAAAAUUAUUACUUCGGUUACAUUUAAUACUAAUAAUAAUUUUUGGUAUAUUUUUAAUAUUAAAGGCAGUGAAUUAAUAAAAUAAUUAAAAUGAAUUGUAUAUCGUUCGAAUUUUAAAAUUCGAGGCCUUAAAAUGUUGCCUUUAUAAUAAUGGUAAAAAAUUGUUCUUACUGAUAGAGGAUGAGAAAUAGUAAAUAUGUAAUGAUGUAUUAUUUAUUACACGUAAAAUCACUAAUAUUUCUUCUUUUAAGAAAAUUAAUGAAAAAUAGUUAAAAAUUUUUAGUAAAUAUCAAAAUGUAUAAUUGCAUUUUGGUAUUAUAAAAAUUUAUUUUAACAAAAGUACCUAUAAAUAAAAUUUAAUAUUAAAUAUUUUCACUUAAUAGUUUACAGUAUACUUUAAAAAUUAAUGAAUGAUGUUAAUGAGAGUGUAAUUAAAUAAUUAUAUUUUAUCAUCUCUUUCUCUUUCUCCCUCUCUCUUUACAGUUUCAAUCUAUUUAUAAAUUUCAUAAAUUUUUUAAAAAUCAAAGAUGAUUUUAAUGAUAUAUAUGUUAAGAAAUUUCUGAAUAAACUAUUGUUGAAUUAUUGAAAUUUUGAAUAUUUAAAAAUUGUUAUUGUCAAUUUUGUAAUAUCAAUGUGAUUAAUAUUGAUUUUUUUAUAUUGUAAUGAAGAGAGAAAAAGAAAAAAAUGAUUGUUUAUGUAAUAGUUUUUAUAAUCAUUAUUAAAAAAAUAAAACAAAUUAGGUACUAAUCAAAUUUAGUUAUUUUGUACAUAAUUGUUAAACACAUUUUUACAUGAAAUGAUAUAAUAAAAAAAUAAAUUUGAAACAA